GGGAUACCCCCGCCCUCUGGUACAAUAAACAUGAUCUCGGGUGGCAUUCACUCAGGAGGCCAAAGCGCCCGUGGUCGUAAAGCAUAUGCCCGCCAAGAGAUGACUGUUAAUAAGAACAAGCCCUUGAAGCACCCGUUUGAAAAAGCAGAAUGUUCGCCGAAUAUCCUGUACUUGAGUUGUUUUCAGAAAAUGCAGCUGAAUCCGAGCUCACUGCAGAAACACGAGGGGCAUAUAUAUGGGUUUGAUAAUCAGCUCGUACCGGUCGAAGGAGUAAUUACUCUUCCCAUCUAUGUGGGCUCGGAACCAUGCUUCAUGAUGGCUUCUGUUAGCUUUCUCGUCGUUAAGAUGGAAUCAGCUUUCAAUGCUGUACUAGGAAGAGCCACUCUCUGCGAGCUGAAGGCUGUCAUCUCACAACCCCAUCUCUAUGAAAUGCUUGGCAUUCCAGCGGAGUUGAUAGUCCACAAGCUCAGCACAGACCCCACCAAAAGGCCGGUGGUAGGCUUCAUCAGAAGAGUGGAAUACGUUGAGUGGGUGUCCAACCCUGUGCUCGUCAAAAAACCAAACGGCAAGUGGAGGAUGUGUAUUGACUUCACCAACUUAAAUGAGGCAUGUCCAAAAGACCCUCAUCCCUUGCCAAAUGUGGAGAAGCUAGUAGAACAGGCAGCUGGACAUGAGCGGAUGAGUUUCCUUGACGCUAGCUCAGGGUACCACCAGAAGCUGGUACAAAUCGUCUUUAAGCUCCAGAUCGACAGGAACAUAGAAGUAUAUGUGGAUGACAUGAUAGUCACCAGUGUGCGAGCUGAGGAUCAUAUAGACGACCUGAAUGAGACUUUUCAGAACUUGCGCCGAGCCCAAAUGAAGAUGAAUCCCCUAAAAUGCACGUUUGCUAUAGAAUCAGGAAAAUUCCUAGGGUACGUGGUAUCCAAGAAAGAAAUUGAGAUUGUUGUCUAUACCAAUCUGCCGUUGAAGAAGAUACUGCAGAAACCUGAACUCUUUGGUCGACUGAUCAGAUGGAGUGUUGAGCUGAGUGAGUACGACCUCAAAUUUCAACCACGCACAACCAUAAAAGGCCAGGCUAUGGCGGAUUUCCUAGUGGAGUGCCUCUCAGCGACUAUGGAAGAAAAGGUACCUGAAUACCCAAUCUGGGUCCUGUAUGUAGAUGGAGCCGCUAGCAUUGAAGGAUCGGGUGCUAGGGUUGUGUUAGUGGGCCCAGAUGGCUUUAAAUCCGAGUAUGCAUUGAGGUUUAAGUUUCAAACAACCAAUAAUGUUGCAGAAUAUGAAGCCCUUAUUUAUGGUUUGAAGCUGGCGUCCGAACUGAAAGUACAGAGCAUAUUGAACUCAAGAUUUGCCUCUUUCCAGCUCGACAAGACACCUAGAGCAGAUAACCAACGAGCUGACGAGCUGUCAAAAUUAGCCUAUUCACAAGACAUCAACCCUCAGAGAUCAACAAUUGUAGAG